AGGCCCUCCACCUCCCGCUGCCUACCCUUGUGACCCUAACCAGGAUCAAUGCAUCCUCAAAUGUGAUAUGAUGGGGAACAUAGCCAUGGGUAUUGUCAGAGACCUGGAGCCAGAGUUAGACUUUGGAGUAGGGGCGUCAGGACAUCCUAAAGUAGAUAAUGACUGUGCAGGAGAGAAGGACAAGGAUGAUUUGCAGGUGCCUCCCGAUUUCCCUCUCUUAGGACCGUUACCUCCACCCCCACCUUUACCAUGCCCUGUACAGGGUUCUCCACCUCCUUUAUCUUCUGGAUUAUCUGACAUUCAAAACUUUACAGCUACUUAUCAACAACUGGAAACCCGACGAGGUGAACACACAGCAGCCAUGCUUUUGAGACAAAAACUUCAGGAAGGUGAGAUGGGAAUGGGUACGGAUAAUUAUCCAGGAAGGGACUUCCUUGAUACCAAGUCAUCACAUCAUAACCAGAGUCUAGGGCACUGCCUACUGACUAAUCCGCCACAUAUCCAAAUGCCGCACCAUCAUCAACUCUCUUCUCCUAGGAACAUUAUGACAGGCUCACAAUUUAUAGAACCUAAGAAUGACAAUGCAGUGCCUAAAGGCUAUUUUCCAUCUGGGAAAAAAAGGGGACGACCUGUUGGUAGUGUGAAUAAGCAAAAGAGAAUUCAAUCCCAGCCUCAGAGUUCACCUGUUACCAUUCUCCCCAGUUCAGAGACAUCGACGCCUGUUCCUGCUGCUACAGCUCCUGUAGAGGCACAGAGUUGUAACACUAUAAAUAUAAUUCCUGCAGACUCUCCGCAAACCGAGAACGUGCCGACUACCUCUGUCUCUCCCAGUAAUACAUCUCAGACGGGAAAUGAAGUUGUUGAGGCUGAAGAGACGAAAGAAGAGUUUAAUGUGAAGCCCUGCAAGCAGAGACGGGCAGAUAGGGAGGAUAUUUAUGGUGGGCUUGCAGCUUUGGCCGUGCUUCCUCAGGUACCCUUAGAUCCUGAAGAGCUGUGGGUACAUGAGAGCUGCAUAGUCUGGGCCAGUGGAGUAUUUUUGGUCAAUGGGAGGCUCUACGGGCUACAGGAGGCACUAGAUGGUGCAAGAGAUAUGUGCUGCUCUUACUGCGAGAUGGUGGGUUCAACCCUUGGCUGCUACAGCAAAGGCUGCACUCUGCGAUAUCACUACCUGUGUGCCAUAGAGGCAG